AAUGUCCGACGUGGUUAAAAAGGAAGACAAGUCGGGAGCUGUUUCGGUUCGGGUUGAAGACGAUUUAAGACAACUCAAACCUAGUCUUCAGAAAGUGACUGUCAGUGAGGGGAGGACAACACUGAACACUCAGGCCCUGAACAUCAGGAAACAUGCAGAGGAUUGUUUGAAAACAGUGAAUAAGCAGCAGCUGGUUCUUCCACCCAUUGGCGAUUUACAAAAAAAGACUAUUUCUAAAUGGACUCCUUGUCUGGAGAAAAUCUCAGAUGUGAAGAAACAGAGAGAAAACCUUCCAGGAGCUCCAGCAGGGGAACAGGACAAGUUAGCAUUGAACAUGUGUUUGCCAAACAAAAGAUCCAUUAGGCAUCAGAAAUCUGGGAAAUCGCUUACUGAUACUCACAGGAAGAGAGCAAAUGAGGCAAAAGGUGACAGGAUAAUCUCUGGCUCUGUGGUGAAUCUUCAAGCAGCUGAAUCAAAGGGCCAUCACAUCCUGGUAGUCCCCAAAGAAGACUUUGGGACAGAUUCAAAGUCCAGGUGCCAUGAACAGCCAGUACGUAAAACAAAAGCUGAAUCCACUUAUUUAAGAGCAGACAAAGACUGCACACCCACUGAGACACCAGCUUUCACCACAACUUCCAAGAGCAUGGUUCCUAGAAGUCCUCAGAGCCUGCCUGUAGAUAUCCCCAGGUACCUUUUUACAAUCAGAAGUGGACAGGUCAACCCAAUGGCUGCAGACUUCUGUCAUUUCAAGCAGUGUUUUGUCUUGUGCUGGAGCAGUGUGGUUGAUGUUCUAGAGGCCCUGCAAAAACUGCUCAGGGAGUUUGCUGUGCCUUUAGCCAAAGUGAGUGGAGAGCGCCUGGUGGAGCUGAGCCAUGUUUGGGAUAGUGGUUGGAGUAAGGCUCCUUCAGCAAUGCCUGUCCUCUCAGUGCUAGAAAACUGGGAGGAGGUUUUAGAACUCAUCUCGCACCCAGGUCAGCGCUACAAGGGAGAGGGAGGCAUCGAGGCCGCUGCCAUCCACAUCCAGUCCUCCUGGAGGCGCUACUUAGCCCGGACAGCCUACUUGUGCCACUGUCGCCGCAAGUGGGCGGUGGGCACCAUUGCCAUCUCAUGGUUGAUGCACGCUCAGCUGUGCCAUGUCAGGAAGGCCCUGCAGGCUCGGCGUUUUAGUCAGCUGGAAAACAGUCGCAGCAGAGCACAGCAUCUGGCAGCCAACUGGAAACGCAUCCAGUCCUUCAAGAGGACCAUUAUCCACAUCCCUUCAUUAGGAUACUCUCAGAGGAAACGACUGAACUUGAGAGGCUUUGACAUCCUACAGAACAUCCAAAUGAGCAGGUUGUGUGAUAUUAGAGAUGAAAAUGUGGAGGUGAUCUACAUAUGUCCCCAGCAUCUGGGAAACGACAUCUUGGACUAUUACACCAGCCUCCUGAAGUGUGAUGGAGCCACAGAUGGGGGUGAUACCACGACCGCUCGAGCCUCAUCCUCCGUGAGACGCUACAUCAUCCUCACACCUGAGGCUGUAGAUUAUUUCCCAACCCAUAACAUGUGCCUGUCUACACUUCUGAAGUACAGUCCACAAACCCUGAAGCACAUCAGAAACCUGAUCCAGGGGAAGCAUGCCUAUAUUGUGGGUGGAAUUGCCCACGUGGAUGACCUGGCGGUAGCUGAUGAGUUAGGGCUGCCAAUCCUGGGUCCAGAACCUGCUAUUGCUCAACACUACAGCACCAAAUCUGGAGGGAGGAGAAUUUUUGUGGGGGCAGAGAUCGAUGUGCCACCUGGUCAAGGAGACAUCUACUCGCUAAACCAGCUUCAUGAAACACUGGCAGAGCUUAUGACUCAAAACAUUGAUGUGCAGCGCUGGCUCUUCAAGAUUGACUCAGAGGAUGGCGGCCGCGGUACAGCUUAUUGUGAUACAUGCCAUCUUAGUUGCUAUAAGUGGGCUCUGCAGGAGUAUCAUCGUUAUGGUCCGGAGCUGUGGAACCCAAAAUGCAUUCAGGAGACUGUGCUGCUCAGAUAUUUAGAUGAGAUCCCAGAAUGGCUGACCCAUUAUGCCCAGCCUGCUAAAACCUCCUGCUAUCCCAACUGGGCCUGCUUCCUGAAGACCUUCCUCAGGCAAGGAGGUGUGGUGGAGGCCUACCCCCCUUCAAACAGUGUCACCUGUCUGACAGUAGAUCUGCUGCUGGAGCCAGGCGGUGAAGUGACCAUGUUGUCUUGUGGAGACCAACUCCAUGGUGGUUGUAAACUUGAAUCUAUAGGCUCCAUUGUUCCUCAGAGCUCUGUACACCCAGAAACUUUGCACUCCAUCUGCACCCGUGUAGGCCGGGCCUGCCUGCAGCGGCGUAUCGUAGGUUAUGUCUCUGUGGAUCUCGUUACCUUUCUGGACCAUAACACCAUGGAGAAGAAGGUGUGGGCUGUUGAUCUGGACAUCACAUACAGUAACCAGCUGGCCAUGACCCAGAUGCUUCUGAUGAUGACUGGAGGAACGCUGAAUUGCCGCACAGGCUGUUUAGAAGUGCCAAUGCCAAUCAGAGAGAAAUGCUGUGAACACCAGAUCGUGCCCAAAGCUCCAGUUGGAAAUCGUUGUGCAGUUAUUGGGAACCACUUAUUUCACUCUGACCUUUCCAUGUUAUACAAUAAGGUGUUCCUUAUGAUGUGCAAGGCCCAUGGCAUAAGAUUUAACAAAAAGACAAAGCAAGGCACGGUUUUCGCUUUUUUUGACAGCAGUAAGCGAAGCAGUAUUGGAAUGAUAACAGUCUCAGAGGAUCUCCAGAGAGCUCUCGCGACCUUUGCUCGGCAUCUGUCAGUCAUUCAUCAGGAAAUAUCAGUCCCUAAAAGCCAAGGAGAAACCAAUUUCAUGGAGGUGAUUAAGGAAAUAGAAGAUAUACUGCAGAUGACUCAGAACAAGCUUCAAGGGGAGGCUAAACUUGCAUCUUAG